UCGACCCGCUCGGUUCAUCGCGCGCUCCGUUCCUCGUCUUUCUCGUCGGCAAGCGACGUGAUCGCGCGACGUUUUUGAACACCGAAUUUGGACGGAAGUGACGGAGACGAGAGUUGUGCGAGAUUACGCGGUGACACGAGGUCUCGCGAGUUCCGCUUUGGUGGUGAAGAGUUUUUCUUGUAUUUGUCGUUUUUCUUGAUUGUGCCAUGACACUCUGGAUAUGAUACCGGACGGAUUAAGCCAUCGUCGGAGACUCGCCUGAGGAUGCGCGGUUGCGCGGCGGACAGGAGGGCGCGGUGUUGCGAAGAGGUCUGCGACCGUCGCGGGAAAUGACCAUGACGAGCGUGGCUGUCGCCCCGGGUAGCCUCGGCUCACCACCAGCUAUGCUCACCCCGAAAAUGUAUCACCUGCAGCAGCAGGGUCUCAGCCCGACGUCCGGCAAGAACUACGACACCCUGAGCAAGGGCAAGAAGUCGUGGAGCGUGCGGCUGGGCCUGUCGCGGCAGCACCAGAGCCCGGAUGACCCCGGCAAGGGCUGGGGCACCAUAAGUGGCGGCAGCGUGAUCUCCCGGCAGAUGAUCUACGGCGACCCGUGGCUGUACGGCACGGUGCGAUCGUCCUCCGACCCGCGGCCCUUCCUCACGCCACCGCCGCCGCCGGGUGCGCCGUUGCUCGUCGUAUGUUCCUGCCCGGAGUUCCUCGCCGGCACCGUCAGGAAGCUCGGCAGCUGCCGCAAGUGCGGCGGUCACCGACUGGCCGGGGUGCCGUUCGGCGGUACUUGCCGGUUGCCACCGUCCUCGAGGUCCCGGCCCAGCCUCGCCGGCGUGCUGAGGGCCUCGAUCGACGAUCCUUACGACCAGAUGCGGCGGAACCGGCUGGUCGAACCGAGAUCGCGGGCCCGCAGCAUCUCACCGCACCGCUCGUCGUCGCAGCGCGACUCCCGGAGUCAGAGCGUGAUCGCGCGCGCCGCGAAGGAGCGGAAGGGCGAAGGCGAAUGGUUCGAGCCGAGCACGGCGAGCUACGACGAGGCGGCCGCUACGACGGCCAGCUUGCGCAAAUCGCGACCGGACGAUUGGAGGAACGAGCGGACUCAUUCGCGCGUCCCGAAGAAGCCGACGAGGAAGCAGUGGCAAGCGUCGGAUCAGCGGCGGAGCGACGCCUCGGACUCCCGCAGGAGUAUCCUCGAGUGCGACGUGAAUCCGUAUCUGUUGUUGAAGAAGCAGAAAGACGAGGACGACUUGAGCGAUGAUCUGUCGGACAACGCUCUGGAACAGGACGACCUCCGUGCGCCGUCCAGUCUGUUCGACCCGUCCAAGGUGAAGUCUAUCGAAAGAAUACCGAACAGAAGCGCCGUGGCGGCGAUCGGCGGCCAACGGAUCCGCGUGUUCAACGAGCCGCGGGAGAUCUCGGACGACGACGACGACGUGCCGCCGGUCACCAGGAUCCCGAUACCGAAGGUCUCGCCGAAGAGACCGCCGAGGCGGCUGAAGGAAGCCCGGCAGACGCUCAAAAGCAUCCUGAAGCGCGGCCGUGUGAUCGAGAGCAAGCGGAAGAACGUCCUGUUCAACGUCGACAACGUGAUAUUUGCGCCCGAGAAACCGUCGGAGGCGACGCGGCUGUCGUGGAGCCGACUCGGCAGAAUCGCUAAUCGCGACAAAGAGCAACGGAACGAACGAGAGGAGGAAGCGCCGAUCGUGCCGCAGGAACAGCAAGAGAAGCACAACUUCAUCACGAUCCCGAACAUCAGGGAUCCGAAGGUCGACAGGAUCCGGCUGAAGGAGCCGAGGAUCGUGCCGGAAGUGAAGCUCGACCGGAUCAAGAUAGACAAGUUUGUGCCGGCCAAGCAGGAGAACGGUGAAGUCGGGCAACGCGAGAUCGCUGAGUCGCCGAACCCGAAGAUCGAGCGGAAGAGGAUAGAGGAGGAGAGGGUCGUCAGGCCCGAGGACGAGACCGAGCUGGAGAUCGAGAUCGAGGAGCUGAAGGACCGCGUCGCCGUCGACGAGAAGGACCUGAUCUCCAAGUCCGAAGAGAACACGAGGAAAUCCCAGUUGACGCGAAGCCAAAGCGACCGGUCGUUCAGCCGGCCGGAGGUCUCGGCGGCCGACGUGCUCUUCUCGGACACGAUGCGCCUCAGCCUGUGCAAGAAGAUCAAGGAGCCCGCAGUACGCAGUACGUGCGAGGACAACGAGGUCGUCGAGAAGGAGGCGGAUAUUUCCGAUACCGAGCACUUUCGUACGAUGAGACCCACGAGCUGGUCCCCGCCGCCGGGUAGGCAUCGCUUCAAGAUCAGCGACUCCGCCGCUCCGGAGACCAGCUCGGUCAGGGAUCACCGCAGGACGAUUUCGUCGGCGUCGACCGCCUCGUGGAACUCGAGCAGCUCCUACGGCUCGUCGAAGAUCGAGAUCGGCUCUCCGGAGAGCAACGUCUGCAAGAUCACGGUGAGCCCGCUCUCGUCGCCACUCGUCCAUCGUCUGCAGAUCGGGCCGGAUGCGAGGGGCGGCCGAAGAACCUCCAUCCUGAUCAACGGCGAUCAGAGCGAAGCGGCGCAACCCGGCAACAAGGUGACCAUCAGCGUCGGCGGCGAGGACAGCGUGUGCAACCCGACGGUGAUCUCCGUCAAUUCGGAGAACCCGCCGAAGAUCCAGAGCUCCGUCGAGAACCGGACCCUGGUGAUACUCGAUAAUUACAGGUCGAACAUCGUGGUGGAGCCGACGGACAGUUUCGAGAAUGAGACAAAGGCGAACGAGGAGACCUUGAACAUGGAGCCGGAGAAAUUGAAGAGACUGAGCGUAGAGAUCAGCCAGUCGCCGAGACUGUUGUACGACGAGGAAACCGCGAAAACGCGGCUCAAGGACGUCGAGGGAACCACCAAGCUGUCGAAGGAGGCGCUCAUUUCUAAGCUGCUCGAGGACUCCUUGCGGAAAGCCCGUGAGAACGGCGAGAUUCUCGACGAGGACAGCGGCGAGGCGAUCCUCAAGAUCCUGAAGCAAAGUCUGCUGAAGAGCAAGGAGUACGAGAGCUCCGAGUCCACCGUGGAGGCCAACUACUCGAGAUCGUCCAGCUUGAACUCGGACGGCGACUUCAUCUCGACGAAUCUUUUCCUCGAGGAGAAUCCCUACGAGGUGAUCAAGGAGCCGAUCUACGAGGAGAUACCGGACGAGCCGCCGCCGCUGCCACUGAGCCCGCCGCCGACGGAGGACUACAUCAAGGAUCGGAUCUACUUCGGCGACGUCGAUUAUUACAAGAAGGUCGCACCCGGCCAGUUCCUCGGCCCGUAUCUGUCCGAGGAGGUCUUCAAGAAGUCCAACUCGGAGGACUUGGCUGAGACUUACUUGUCGAAGAGCCCCGAGGACUUUUUCAAGAAGAUGUCGCCCGACGACGAGAACAUCUCCACCAAGUUCGAGCUGCUGAACUUCCUCAUGGGUUCCAAAAAUCGUCCAGCGGACGACGACGACGACGACGACGACGACGACGACGAGGAGGAGGAGGAGGAGGAGGAUGAGGGGGACUUGGAAGCUCUCUAUGAGCAGAAGGAGACCAGCUUGGGCGAUCUCAGCUCCAAGAGUUCGCAGAUCUCCAAUGUCUCCGACAGCAGUGAAGAGUGCAACAUCAUCUUGACCAGCUCGCCGGAGACGUUAAAAGCGUCGAGAACGGUCGACAUCGAGAGAACCGACAGCGGAGUCGGUUCAGAGAGCAGUCAGGCCAGCAGCACUCGCGGUGUCGCGAGGCGCUGGCGGACGGGCAACGUCUCCUCGGGGAGCCUUCUCGGCGGUAUCCCGCAAGUGAUCUCCGGCGCUACGAAGCUUUGCGAAGAUUGCGAGCAACGGCUGGAUCCUCUGAUAACGGACAGUGGCGUGGUUUACGCGCCUUUCGUAUGCAGGAAGUGCUCGAAGAAGCGGGCGGAGCGCAAGGAGAUCAUCACCGAGAUCGUGGAGACCGAGCAGAAAUAUGGCAGGGACCUGCGGAUUAUCCUCGAGGAGUUCCACCGGCCGAUGCUGCGAGCGGGCCUCCUCACGUCGGAGCAAUUGUCGGCGAUCUUUCUCAAUGUCGAGGAGCUGCUCGAGCACAACCUCGUUUUAGCCGAGAAGCUCAAGGACAGCGUGGAAAUCGCUCAGGUAUCCGGGGAUGAGGAUCUCCUAACCGUAGACGUGGGCAAGAUCUUUCUCGAGUCGGAGAGAAUGUUGCACGCAUUCGAGAGCUAUUGUACGCGCCAAGGCGGCGCCAGCCUGCUGCUGCAAAACUUGGAGAAGGAGAAGGAGCUUCUUCGCAUCUUCCUCAGGGUCUCUCAAAUGGAGAACACGGUCUUGCGAAGGAUGAACCUGAACUCCUUUUUAAUGGUUCCUGUCCAAAGAGUCACGAAGUACCCGUUGCUGCUGGCACGUUUGCUCAAAGCGACGCCCUCCGUUCGACCGGACAUUCAAGAGGCGAAGAAGAGACUCAAGCAGGCUCAAACUAACAUCGAACUACACUUGGAACAUAUGAAUGCUGAAGCGAAGGAUGUCACGUCGACGAAGCUGUGGAGGAGAAUAUCGAUCAUCCAAAACGGCAGACGGUCCAUCGGCGAACAGGACAUGGUGAACAUCAAGCUGAGAAAGAUGGCCGUCGAGAUCCUGGAAUGGGCUCACGAGGAGGCCAGGUUUGUUCUCGAAGGCCGCCUUCUGGUGGCGCAGCCGACUGACAAUAAUUGGAGGCGCGGUCGAACUGUCAAACUCGCGCCCGUCACUGCCAUGCUUGUUACCAACGGCAAGCCGAAUGCCGAAUAUCUCGAACUCAACGACGACUCGCUCUUCCCGAAGCACAUAAGCAUUAAAGAAGCCACCCUGCUUUUGGUCAAAGAGAAACUCGGGCGAUAUUCCUUGCUACGAGAGCCAUUGUGCCUCGACAAGUGCAUAGUGUGCUGUGAAACGGAUCUCGAAGAUUACUUCGAGAUACAGGAAUUGUCUUCCAAGGAGACGUUUAUAUUUAAGGCGGAGGACGGCGCGAGAACGAAGAGGUGGUGCAGAACGUUGCAGGCUCACGCGCAGUCUCUCGGUGCCUGGCGCAAACGUCGAGGAGCACUUCCCAACAUCAUGAUCUGCGGCGUGGCGAGGAAUUAACGCAGUUAGGCGUAUGUACGUGCCUGACGACCGAUUAGAGAGAGAAGAUGAUUUUUCCACUGAAAACGAUCGUGCAUGAUCUCCAGAUGAAUUAGUAAUGAUUUAUUCGGGAGAAAGACAGAGAGAUACGCUGGACCAAAGGAUUUCCUCGGCUCGUCGGCGAGCGACACGAAAGUCUAGUUCUUGACCGAAUUCGGGGUAGACCACCUGUGUUCGGUUACAGUGCGUAGCAGAAACUCGAGUUUCCUAUGUCACUGUAAUUAAGAAGAAUGUAUGCCGCGAAUAUACAACUUUCAUCCGACAUCCAUCGAUUCCUAUAAACGAAUAACCUAAGUACAUAAUAUAUGUUUGCAUAUACGUAUAGAACUAUUUAAAGAGAAGAUACACCUAUGGAUUAUUAUUCAUCAAAGAGAAACGAACACACGACGAGUAGUAGCUGUGAUAUCGACCGGUGUAUGGGGAGGGGGGGGGGGGAUCCUUUUCGCAAAUUAUUAUUUCGCGCGCGGGUAUCCUCGCCUCGUUGACCUUCCAUCCUGCGCGACUCUUAGCGUGUCGUCCCAUGUAGAACCGAUAAACGCAACAGAAGAGUAGUAACCAAUCGCGUCUGUCAUUCCACUUUAACGGCCGUUUUUUCCCAUUCUUCUGCGGAAAACCCCGAAAAGUUCCGUGGAAAAAACGUUUCUUUCACGUUUAUUUUGCGGAAAGAAAAAUUGAAGAGAAAACCCGGUUUUCCGAGUCUUUGAAACUGCAGAAAAAGCACUUUUUUUUAAUCAGUUAAUAUAAAAAAAGAAUCUCCCGAGAAAAAUAUAUGAAUGUAGUAAAUUAAAAAAAAUUUUUAUACAACUUGAGUGCAGUUAUAUUGAAUUAAUAAAAGUUCUUAAUAAGAGAUUAGAAUUUUCUUUCCUUUUUCCGUAAAAAUAUGCUCCACGUGAAAUCCAACCAUUUGAGGUCGGAACGAAUUGAUAUUAUACAAAUAAUAACGAAUAUAUACAAAUGACAUUCUUUUGUCUAAUUUUUCUGAGAUACAUAUAUUCUUUCUGAUUGGUUAUUCCCCGCUAUAUCUUUCUCGCUCUACAUGGAACGGCACCCUUACCAGUGUUGCAGAAAUGAAAUUAGCAGGGUAGACUUUUCACUAAAUCCGAGGUAAUAUAGGGUUCCCGGAAGUAUAGUAACGGAGAAUUCGAGAGGAUAACAGGGUGAC